CUCAAAAAAUUAUUUGAGGUUUACUUCAAUUGUGUGAAAUCAAGAUUUUUAUAAUCUAGCUUUGUUUUUUCAUUUGUCCUUCGCUCCCUCAUUCCCUUUAAAUCCAAAUUUUCUUUCAAAUGAUCAUAUCCUGCACCAAGAACUAGAACCAAAGACAGCAAGAAAGUGAACAUGGGUAAGAUUAGAAAUGAAGAAGAAACAGAAGAAGAAGCAAAGCCUAUAUAUAUUCAUUUCACUCAUGAACACCCAUUAGAACUAACCAUUUCACGCGAAACAAACACUAUAACAUGUUCAGGUUGCCAGAAGAAUAUUUCAGCAGGCAAAGAAUUUUACACAUGCAAAGCUUGCUCUUAUUCUCUCCACCGCGUUUGUUACAAUAUGGCAAGAGUAUACCAACACCCAGCAGAAUAUACUCACGACUUGAAUCUUCUGCUCUUGCCAUUGUUUAAUUGCAAAGCCUGUGGAUUUCAAGGUUCAGGUUUCUGCUACAAUUGCAGAGUCUGCUCUUGCAAUUAUCAUACCUUUUGCUUAAAAAUGCCACUGCAAGAAUUUUGUGCUUCACAUCAACAUCUAUUAAAACUUGAGUUCUCUUGUCCAUAUGAAGACAUCAAAGGUUUUCGCUGCGAUGUGUGUGGAAACCCUGGUUUUGAUCAUUGGCUUUAUAGAUGUAAUGAUUGUGAAUUUGACGUUCACAUUAAUUGUGUCUAUACACCUAUAAAUCUGAAAAAUUUAACCUCCGAAGGUAGCGCUCCACCAGUCGAGACCAGGACAAGUUAUGUUAAUCUUAGUCCUUCAGCUCCGUAUCCAGACUUUUCAAACACAAAAGGUGAGACAGAGACUAGCACCUUUUAUGCUAAUCCUAGCCCUCCAGCUCCGCACUCAAACCUUUCAAACACAGGAAGUUAUGUUUUAAGUUCAGGGAAUCCUAAUCUACUAGGCUCCAAUGGUGGUGAAGAAGCCUUGGGGACCGGAAUAGCUGGACUUCUGGCAACAAGAGUUUUUUCUGGGAUUGGAGAGGGGAUAGGACAGGAGAUUGUUCAGGGAAUUUUUAAUGGCCUUGGUGAUGUUGGGUCCAGCACUUCAGAUUAGACCUCUUGGAAUUAAUAAUGUUGAUUUUCUGAUACAUCGGAAAUUCUUGAAAAAACGUUUAAAUUUUAUGUAUUUAUAUAGGUGUUGUUUCAGUUUAUUGUAUCAGAAUUAAGUUAAGUUUUCAGUUUUUCGCAUGCAAUUGAUUUGUUAGUUUUGAGAAAUGAAUGAAAUAUAGUGAUAUU